AUGGCUCAUCUGUUAAAAGAACAACAGCAUUUGGUGAAUUUUUGGGAUGAAUUGAGCAAUGAUGAAAAAUCUCAGCUUGAGAAUCAAGUUAGUUUGUUUUCUGCAGAAUCUUCCAGACAAUUCCAAAAUUUUCCAGAUAAAAAAGGUUGAUUUCACUCAAGCUCGAAAAUGGUUCGAAGACUCGGCUCACCUUCAAACUUCCUCACCCGAAAACCUGACGCCAAUUCCGAAAGAGCGAAUUUUCAGUACUGAUAAAUUGUCGAAAACUGAAAUGCAUGAAUAUUGGGAAGCUGGUCUUGAUGCUAUUUCUCGAGGCGAAGUUGCUGCUCUUGUUCUAGCUGGUGGACAAGCGAGUCGACUUGGAUCAGCUGAACCGAAAGGAACUAUUCCAUUGGGGCUCAAUGUGUCUUUUGGUGAUUCUUUGUUAGGAAUUCAAGCUGCCAAAAUUGCUCUUCUUCAAGCUGCGGCUGGAGAGAGAAAUCAUGAAAACAAUGGGAAAAUUCACUGGUAAAUAAUAUUAUGAAUUCAGAACUAAAAUCAAAUUUCGAUUUUUUAGGCUGGUUAUGACGUCACCAGGAACUGAAAAAGCUACCCAUUCCCAUGUGCAAAAACUCGCAAAACACCACGGAUUCAACUUUGAAGAUCAGGUCACAAUUUUCUCGCAAGAUGAAAUUCCAGCUUAUGACGAGAAUGGUGAUUUCCUUCUUGCAACCAAACAUUCACUUGUUGCUUCGCCAAAUGGAAAUGGUGGAGUUUAUUCAGCAUUGGCGCCAUUUUUGCCAAAACUCAAAGCAAAAGGAAUCAAAUAUUUCCACGUUUAUUGCGUCGAUAAUAUUUUGUGCAAAGUUGCUGAUCCACAUUUUAUUGGAUUCGCUGCGUUGAACAAUGCUGAUGUUGCUACAAAGGUUCGACAGAAUUUUGAAAUGAAAAUAUAUAAUUUUUGAAUUUUCAGUGUGUUGCGAAACAAAAGGGCGAAUUAGUUGGAUCAGUUUGUCUUGAUUCUGGAAAACCAAGAGUUGUUGAGUAUAGUGAAUUGGGAGCUGAAUUGGCUGAUCAAAAAACUGCUGAUGGCUCUUAUUUGUUUGGUGCUGGAAGUAUUGCAAAUCACUUUUUCAGUAUGGAAUUUAUGGAGAGAAUUUGCUCAUCUGGAUCUAUUUCCCUCCCUUAUCAUCGUGCUCACAAAAAGAUUGCAUACAUUGACCCAAAAUCUGGGGAACAAAUCAAACCAACCCAACCAAAUGGAUAUAAACUCGAAUUAUUCAUCUUCGAUGUUUUCGAAUACGCGCGAAACUUUUUCAUUUGGCAAGUCGAACGAAGCGAAGAAUUUAGUCCUUUGAAAAAUGCUGAAAGUGCUGGAAAAGAUUGCUUGAGUACUUGCAAGAACGAUUUGGCUGCUUUGAACUCGAAAUGGUUGCAACAUGCUGGAGCGACAAUUGAGGAAAAUGGCAAACAUUUCUAUCUAAACACUUUGAUUUCUUAUGAUGGGGAGAAUUUGCAAGAAUUGCGCGGAAAAUCGAUUAAUCAAGAUUUGAUUGACAGCGACAAAAUUAUUGCUAAACAUUUUGUACAUAAUACUGAUUCUAUUUAUGAUUGA